AUGGCUACAGCAGCGUUUGGAGCCAACGAACCGGCCUCCUCAAACGGCGUCCCCGAAGCGCUUGAAGAAUCCACGACAACGCUUGGCGCAGAAGAAUCAGGCGCAAACUACCCAUGGAGCAACCAAAAUGGUACCUGGCGCCGUAAGCUAGGCUCUAUGGAGUCAUUCUACCAAAGUUUGGCUUCUCCCGAAGGCCAGCCGGUACACUGGAUGAUUGGAUGCAGCGUGACAAUUAAAACGCAUGUCGACACCGUUGACACGGAGACUUCUCUCCGAGAAGCUUGGAAAAGUAUACUACGCGAGUUGCCUUGCGUUGGCGCCGUCGUGGACCCUGUCUCACGGGAGAUUGUGACCCGCGAAGAUGUCGAUGUAGGGGAAUGGCUGCGGAAGUCCUUCCGAGUUCACGAGGGAACAACCGCAGAUGAACUCUUCUCAGCCUUCAGGAGCCAGUUCCACAUCACGCUCCAUUAUCUACGUGAUACAAAUCAGCUUCUGCUCCAGUCACCCCAUACCCUUAUCGAUGGGCGCGGGAUGUUGUAUCUGUAUCACGCCUUGUUCACGGCACUGUCAACUCUGCCGGGCGACGGCUCUCAGGAGCACAAGACGACUGAAACACCAAAACUUUCAAAGCCAUUUGAUGAUUGGUUAGGAGUCCCGGCCGUUCCAUCUGAGAAGAGCUUUGCCGAUGCCCAGUGUAUAUUCCAGCGGGUCUUGCAGCAAGAAAAGCCGAUCCGGUUGCCCGGGGUCGACUUUACAAACGCUCCUCAAAGACCAGUUCACAGAGAUCUUGAGGUGGACGAGAAGACCACUUCUUCUAUCAUUGGCGCAUGCAAAGAACGAGGUAUCAGUGUCACUUCGGCCUGGCACGCUGCGCUUGCUUUGACGACGCAGAGAAUACAGUCGACAGCUGGCGAGGAGGGCGCCUCCUACGUCCAGUUCACCACCAUCGACCUCCGUCGUUAUUUUCCCUCCUCUUUCGUCCCACAUAAGCACUCUAUCGGGUCUCUCCAGACGGCCCUGCCUCUCGCAGCUGACGUCGGCAAGGACAAUACUUUCGAGUCUCUAAGCCAGUCCUUGCACAAGCAGUACAAGGCCCCUUUCGCUUUCGUCGAUAAUGAUUUCAGCUACCUUGGCCCUUACAUGGCCAUGUCUCGGCAGAUUCUCGAAAGCGGCGGCGUGCCGCCCAGUAGUACGCCGUCACUGUCUAGCAUGGGAGUCGUAGACGACUAUCUCGAACGCCGAUACGGCGAUUGGGAGAUCAGCAACUUUUGGGUCAGCUCUACGAUGAUGACUGGUGAUUUUCAGAUGUAUCUGUGGACAUUCGGAGGAAAGCUCACCUUCAGUGUAUGCUACAAUGAGGCGUUCUACGAGGCGGAGCAGGUAGACCGCAUCAUGGAGGGUACCAGGGACGAAAUGCUUCGAGGCUUGACUCACGCAUAA